AUGAAGGAUAAAGACUUCAUGCCCAACAAAGAAAGGGGUAAACCUGCUACGUAUACCGGAGAUAAGAAAGCAAGAAUGGCCGCCAAGACCAACCAAAAAUGGGUGAGACUCGCAACCGUCUUCGCCUAUGUACUCUCUGUAUCGAUGGCGGCAAUCAUUCUGGCCAUCUACUACAGCUUAAUAUGGAUGCCGGUGAGAUCCAGCAGUGGUAACAGCAGCAAUGGCAACCUCAGCCAAGUGGUUCCCAUGGCUCUUCUCAACGAAACCAACACGACUAGGCCCGAGGCCUCCGAGUUUGGCAGCAUAAGUCAAGCCCCAGGGAACAUGAAGGGACUGGGAAACGUAAGGAGGUCUCGCGAAACCAAGGCCGAUCAAGAAAAUCAACCAUCAAGGAACCGGGAGAAGAUGUCUGGACCUUAUGAGCAGCCAACGGAUGGGAGGCAAGAGGUGGGCAUGGACAGCUUGAUCUUGGCAGAUGGUGAUUUCGAUAGACAGUCUUCUAAGAAAGACAGGCUUGUAGACCGCAUCGGGAGAUAA